CGUCGGUGGAUGAGAGGCUGUCACAGGCUUGUUCAGUGGUGGCGAGAGUGAAGUGUAGGUUGGUUCGUGCGAGACGUUUUGCGCAUUUGAGCAUUGGCUUCGGUUUCCUUCAGAUUUUUGAUUGGGCUAAGAAAUCAAACAAAGGUUUACUUCUUUUCAUUGAUGAAGCCGAUGCUUUUCUAUGCGAGCGUAACAGCACUUACAUGAGUGAGGCUCAACGUAGUGCUCUGAACGCUUUGCUCUUCCGAACUGGUGAUCAAUCUUGGGACAUUGUUCUUGUCUUAGCUACAAACAGACCUGGAGAUCUCGAUAGUGCGGUUACAGAUAGGAUUGAUGAAGUCAUUGAGUUCCCACUUCCAGGGGAAGAAGAACGUUUCAAGCUUCUCAAUCUCUAUGUCAACAAAUAUCUAAAGAAUAGUGACAGCGACAAAGACACAAAACACAUAUGGAGUCAUUUGUUUAAGAAGCUGUCACAGAAGAUUACCGUUAACGCAGACUUAACUGAUCAAGUGAUAUCUGAGGCUGCAAAGAAGACGGAAGGAUUCUCUGGCCGUGAGAUUGCAAAGCUUGUGGCUGGAGUACAAGCUGGAGUAUACGGACGAAAGGAUUGUGUUUUGGAUUCACAGCUUUUUGAAGAGAUUGUUGCGUAUAAAGUUGAACAACAUCACCAAAGGCAUAGGCUUUCUUCUGAACGUUUUCAACCAUUACUCUUUUCUUCCUAGUCCAUUUGCAUCUUUGAUUAUCCCAUGUAAUUCUGAUGAAAAACAUUUAAUUGAGGAUAGUGAGACAUGUCACUUACCAACUUCUUCCUUA